AUGAUGAAGAAAACUAAGGGUCAGAAUGUUAUCUUGGAAGAAUUGCAAGCCUACAUGAGUGCUGGAAGGAGUAAGGAAGUUAGUAAUUCUGGGGAAGGUGGAAGUAGAUCUGAAAAUGUUGGAUUUCAGUCAAUUUUGGGAAAUGGGAUGGAGUUGGUUACUUUUGAUGGGAAAGAACCUAGGGCUUGGUUGAGAAGGUGUGAAAAAUAUUUUGAGAUCUAUAAGGUUCCUAUUGAUCAAAAGGUACCAAUAGCGAGCCUGUUUUUGGUGGAUAGGGCUGAUGCAUGGUUCCAUAAUUGGAAUAGGGGUGGAGUACAUUCUUGGGAAGAAUUUGAGAAGGGAAUUUGCAGCAGAUUUGGGGAUGAAGGGCUAGAGGAUUUAGUAGAGGGUUUUAUAAAACUAAGGCAGGAGGGAUCUUUAGAGGAAUAUCAAGAUGAAUUUGAGGAAUUACGAAUAAGAAUUGAGAGAUUAAUGCCUGAAUUAGGUGAAUCUUAUUUUCUGUUUGCUUUUAUGGGGGGUUUAAAGGAUGAAAUUAGGAUGGUUGUUAGAAUGAUGAAACCUGUUUCCUUAUCUCAGGCUAUAGAAGUAGCUAGGCUUCAAGAACAAUUGUUGGAAGUCAAUAAAAAACCUAAGAAUACAAGCAAUUUUUCCAAACCUUUUAGAAGUCAAUCUACUGUCCCUUUAACUCCAUAUCAGACUAAUUACCUAAACCAAUAUGCCAAGCCAUAUCAGACCUAUCAAAACCCUCCAAGACCACCAAAUUUUGGCAAACCUAGCCCUACAAUAAUUAAAACUCAGUCCAGUACCAACUCACCCAAUCCACUACCUAUUUCUACUUUAUCUUCAGUAUAUAAACCAACAAAUUCUUUUUCAAACCCUAUUAAGAAUCAGCCUAAACCAUGUUACAGAUGUGGGGACAAGUAUUUUCCAGGGCAUCAAUGUAAGCAGAAAUCAUUAAAUGCAAUUUGUGCCGUGGAGAAGGAUCAUGAUGGAGGUGAAGAGGAGUGGUUUGAAGCAGGAAUGGAGAUGGAGGAAAGGGAAAAUAUGGAAGACAAUACUCUGUCAGUGCAUGCACUGGAAGGUAGUCAUGGCAUUGAUACAAUAAGGAUGUUGGAGCUUCAUAAAAAUAGGCAAUUGGUGAUAUUAAUUGACAGUGGUAGUACCACCAGUUUCCUUGACAAAAGAAUAGCUAAAGAAUUGAAAUUGGAGUUGGUUUCAACACUAUACACUGCUAUUACAAUGGUAGAUGGGAGGAAGUUAGGGUGUGAUUUACAAUGUCAGCAAUUUAAAUGGAAAAUGGACAAUAAUGAGUUUAAUUUUGAUUUCAAGAUUAUAGAAUUAGGGGGUUUGGAUAUGAUAUUGGGAGUGGAUUGGUUAAAGAAGCAUAAUCCAGUACUAUUUGACUUUGAGGCAUCAACAAUUACUAUUACUGUGGAAGGAAGAUCAGUAGUUUUGCAUGGCAUUGGAGAGGGUAAGCUGCAGUUUGGGCUUUGGUAUUUUGCCAAUAUAUUGAGGAAAGAUGAGCCUCAAGGGUUACCACCUUUUAGAAGUCACAAUCAUGCUACUCCUCUACAGCAUGAUGCUCAGCCUUUUAAUAUUAGGCCUUACAGAUACCCCCAUUACCAGAAGACAGAGAUUGAAACAUUGAUAAAAGAUAUGCUCUCCUCUUCUAUCAUUCAACCUAGCACUAGCCCCUAUUCUUCUCCUGUUCUUUUAGUGAGGAAGAAAGAUGGGACAUGGAGAUUUUGUGUUGACUAUAGGAGACUUAAUGACUUGACAGUUAAGGAUAAGUUUCCAAUCCCUAUUAUUGAUGAUUUGCUAGAUGAAUUGCAUGGGGCCAUGAUCUUUUCUAAGAUAGAUAGAUUUGAGGGCUGGUUACCAUCAAAUAAGGAUGAAGGAGGAUGA